CACUUCCGGGACCAGCUUGGAAGACGGGAAGUUGCUUUCACUGACUCGGCCAAGGAAGAGCAAGAUGUCGGCAGUAGACGUGGAGGAUUUUAUUCAGCAAAACAGAGCUGUGGCCGAUCAGGUGGAAACGUUUCGGGGGUACUGGGAAAGUGACAAACACUGGCAGGCCAGGAAAGAGUUCAUCUUGCGCAACAUUAGCGAAUACGAUAAUCAGCAGCUGGAUCAGCUACUCUCUUUAUCCAUGGUCUGGGCCAACAACGUUUUCCUCGGGUGUCGGUAUAGCACAGAGCUCCUGGCGAAAGUAACGGAAAUGGCUGAAGGCAUUGUGGUGGAGGAUGCACCAGUCUUCAAGACAAGAGAUGAGAUUGUUAAGAAGCAACAGGGUCGAUGACUGGCUCCAUUGUGCCAUCUCUCUUGGUUGUACUGGAUCAAGACCAUUGGACUCGGCUGUUAUGUCCACAGGCUGUGCUUGAAAUGUUGUCAGACCACAUUUCUUUGGUAUUUUAUGGUUUAUGACAGAUGUAAUAACACCUAAACAUUUUUUUAUGAAAAGCUAACAGACUGGGUUGCUCAGAUUUUUAACACAUUAAAUGUACAAACAAAUGUUUUUUGGCAGUGUAGGAGCUUCACUGUUUGUCCAUCUCUGAUUGUUUUACCUUUGUUUACUCACUGUUUUAAGUGCAGUUUUUAAAAACAAAUUCAGAUGUAAUAUGACACUGGAUCUUGUCCUAAAUAUCAUGUACGAGGAGCAAUAAGACUUGUUUUCUUCUCCUGGAAUUGUAUUUUGUCUUGUUUCCCUAAGGAAUGGGUUGUAAUUAAGCACUGUAUCGGAUACACUAUGAGUAAACAGUUUAGGGACUAACUUUUUUCUUGCCAUCAGGCUCACUAAUUUUAAGCAAAUAGUAAUUAAAAGUAGAAAAAGCUGUGGGUCAGAAACUGGCUUCAAAAGAGGUAAAACUGGAUAUCACAACACAAUUUACAGCAGAUAAAAAUGAAAACCUUUUACAGUGUCAUUAUUAGGCUGCAUUUUCUAAUAUAACAAAUUCUGAUUAUGAAUCAUUUAAGCUAUAAACUAAACAAAAUUGUACAUGUUCUCAUUUUUAAAGUUGUAGUGAUUUUUGUAGCCUGAAGGAACAUGUGAUGACAACCACAUGAAACACAACAGUUAUAUUUAACAGUACUGUCGAUGUGGAAGGGUUGAACUUUAUCUUCUAAUUACUCACUGUUUCACCCAGCAUAGUGAAUGAUGUGUUUUUGGAGCUAUUGAAGGACCAAAAUGGACAAACAGCAAAAAUAAUUUGACAAAACCUGUUUCAAAGUCUGAAAAAUGUGUUUUAUGUUUAUACAGCAUAGUGUUAUAAGUAUACAUUUUUUAAUUCACAAAAUUUUAUAACCUAUUCCUUCUGCGUAGUAGGUGAAAUAAUUCACUUGCCACACUGUGACCUUUAUUGUUUCAGGAGAAACUGUUUUAUGACUCUCCUAUUGGUUAAUCAGUUGAAGCUGGGCAGGGUUAAGUCAUAAAUUUAUACUCAAGUGCUCUUUUAAACUGGAUAUCACACACAAAUCAGACAAAUGCAGGCAUGAAAACAACUUAAGCUUUUGGGAGAGCAGUUGACCUCACACUGUUAAACCAGGGUUUAAACUGCACGACUGUAGUCUUCUCUGCAGCAGGUGGCUCUGUCAAUCCUCUAAUCAACAGCAAAAAUGUAUCCACUGGGCAGCACUGCUUGCCUGGGGCCAGAAGCACUUACACUUCAUUCAAGGCUGAUGCAUCACAGGUAACAAAGCAUUUGUAAGUCAUUUACUUUCAUGGCAGAUUAAAUAAACUCUGAGCUGUCAGGAACAGCUGAAAACAAAACUAGUUUGUUGUGUUUACCCUCUAUUCUCCAAGAUGAUCAACUAUGACAAUACAUCUCAUUAAAACAAACAGCAAAGAACAUGAUGCAGAAGUACAUGCAACAUUUCUUGUAUCAAGGUCAUGCCGAUUCUUGUCUGUAACUUUCACAGACUUACUUUCUGUCAUUCCAGCUCUGUUGGCCGUGAGUGAACCAUGGUGAAAACAAUAUUCACUGUUCAAGGAAAUCAUAAAGUACAAGAACUGUGGAAUUUCCUGGCUCGGGCUCCUAACGCUUAAAGAACAACACUGUGGGACAAAUACAACUGUGACAAGACUAAAAAAAAAAA